CUUUAAUUGUUUUCUCUCCUCGGCACGCCUCAAGUUCGAGGUCAAUAUUUCAUCCAUUGUUCAUUUAAUCUCUUUCUUUCGUUCUUUUCCCAGUCGUCUUAAUAGUAUAUAUUCUUUUCUUCUCUCCCGAAAUUCCAUACGGCAUUGAAGUGCGAUUUGUUUACGUGCCUCACCCACGCGACAGCAACACGGAUUCGGGUUGAUAUUGGGCAGCAUGACAGUUAAUUGAAGCGCGAAAUCCCAGAAUGUGUGCAAGCCCAGCGCCAUCAGUGCCGCGAUCGCGCGUCAAACCAUUACGAACAUACGGCAAACGAAGCAUUCGAGACGACUCACCGAAGGAACCGAAUACAAAGAAGCGACGGGUAUCAUCAGAAGUGACAGAUUCUGAAUCGCCAGCAUCCAAAGGAACAGGCACAGCGCCGCUGAAGAGGGCCAAGGAAGAGGCGAAGAACACGCCUGAAUCGACAACAACGAACAAACCCACCACCGAGCCAAUCAAGAAGGGAUCAAUCUUAAACUUCUUCAAACCCGUCCCUCCAUCAUCUACAGUUACUUCCAGCCCAAAGAGCGACGAACCACAACCCGAAUCAACACCCCCAUCUUCACCACCGCAACCACCAAGGAUAGAACCCCGAAAGAAACCACGCUUACUUCGCUUCCGCGGCACAUCAACGCCAUUACUAGACGAUGAUAACACAGGCGAUGAUACACUAGGCGAGGAUACAGAAGCUGAAGACCCCAGCGCAAAGACCUCUCGGCCAGCUGCUCGAGAGAGCUCUUUACAGCGCGAAUCGAGCACAAGCGAUAUAAAACUAGUGAAGAGGGGAAAGCCAAAAACACCAGCUGUACAGACAACACUGAAUAUAUCGUCACAAGCAGCGUUUUCAGAGUGUAAGGUGUGUAACACUGUAUGGAAUCCGUUGUAUCCGGAUGAUGUGAAGUUCCAUACGAAGCAGCAUGCGGCGGUGUUAAGGGCGAAGAAGAAAGAGAAGGAGAAUGAAUUAUAGAACUUGAUACCCUCAUGAAUAAUGAAUUACAUUAAAUAUUGAAUCUUGGUGUGUUAGUGUGACUGGAUGCAAGGUGAUGUUGAACAUAGUGGUGAGUUGGUUCACGGCUCAUUGGAGAUGGCAGAUCCCUGCUACGGACGGGUAGGGCUGAACCAAUCUGUACCGUAGAUCACCGUUACUUUAAGGAAACGGCAGAAUACUUGGAACUUUAAUCAUUAGUGAUAAAAAUAAUUAGGUGAGUUGAGG